UAGAUGUCAUUGAAGACAUCAUUGACAUGUUUUGCAACGACCUGUGGACUCUUUGCAACAUUUCGCUGUCCUGUCGCGCUCUUCUGGACCGCAGUCGUCGCCAUAUCUUCGUGCAUAUCUAUAUUCGUAGGAAGGAGCAGCUCGAAAACCUCUCGGAAUUUCUCGACGCUCGUCCAUGGCUUCCUCCGCUUAUCAAGCAGGUCACAAUAUCUCCUGGAGACUACCCUGAGCUGUUGGGGGUGGUCCCCGUUGCCUCUCUUGACCAGGCUGCCAAACCUCCAUUAUUGGGGUUUGAAGGACACUUACUCUGAAGACAGGUAUACGCUUGUGAUGCACCGCUCGGCCUUAUUGGGGCUUAGAGCGCAUGGAACCCAUAUCAACUGCCUGACCAUCAGUGGCGUGUUCUUUCCCAGUUGUGCCGACCUAGGACGCUUCCUUCUCGCCUUUCCUCGCGUGCAAGAUUUGACCUGCAUAAGUUGCAGCGGUGGAGGAAAAACCAGUGCAGCGGAUAGUGUAUCACGACAGCGAUUGGCCGAGACGGUCCAUUACAAGCGCUUAACCAUAGGUGUAACGGAUCGGAGAGCAGCCACGUUUCUGACGGAGAUAUCGCAGAAUGCCGUCGAGCAUCUCGCGUGGUACGUGGAUCUCAGCUACGAUGGUUGGAAGGACAAUACUGCAGCGCCUCUUCACUUGUCUGGAAAGUUUCCCUUUCUUGACACACUCGUGGUAGACAUAACACUCUGUCGCUGGCAGCGAUCUCAAGGCUAUGGAAGGGGUCUUUUCACAAGAAUCAUCGAGAUUCUUGCACACAUCCGUCUUCUUGAUCCGGCACCCUGUAAGGGACCCACUGUUACAAUCAGAAUCCAGUCCGACUGGCUACACAAGCUCUACUACUUUCUUGCCCUCGAUAUCACCACCGAAGUAUGCCAGGAGCUCGAAGGGGUCGUGUUGAGCAUCCCAUCACCGUGCAUCGUCAUGGUACGAGCCUGGGCCACAGCGUAUACUCGUAGAUCUUACAUGCGACGGUUCUGGACCUCCAGAAUCGAUCAAAUGUUUGCGGGACUUCUACGCGCGAAACGGUUCAAGGCAAUUCUAAAUCCGAUUGACAGGAGUGACAGUCAUACGGUAGCUCACGAGGAGGCGGUAUCAGUGCUAGUCGCUUCUACCAACGGCGAAUGGUUCGCGAGCGGAUCGCUCGACUCCACCAUCAUAGUCUGGGAUGCGGAGAGCCAUACCGCUGUCUGGGACUGGGUCGCACAUGAGCGGUGUGUCGACGACCUCGCCUUUGCACCGGACGGCCGAUACCUUCUGUCGGUCGGCGGCGACACCACGCCCAAAGUGUGGGAUCUGGCGAGCGAUGCCGUGCUCGCCGCGACUUUGGACGGCCACACAGCUCGCAUCCGAAGCUGUGCGUGGAGUAGCACGGGCGAGUGGCUCGCUACUGGCUCGGACGAUGGAUCCGUACGGGUUUGGUCUGGCCCUGGCCAUGAGGGCGACGCGUUCCAGCAGUGCUAUCUGCUUGCGGACCCGCAGUGCGGUGCGGUGGGAAUCGUGCGCGUCCUGUUCUCCCCGGAUGCGCGCUGGGUCCUAGCUUUUCACAUGCCUUGGAAGGAGUCACGCAACGGCCACCACCUCUGCCUUUGGGAUGUUGGUCGGAAGUCUGACCCUGGCCCUAUCCAGAAAGUCCUCGGUGGACACCCUGGCGCGCUCUUAGACGCCGCGUUUGAUCCUGCAUCCCGCAGCAUUGUCGCUGGUUGUUUCUCAUGGGACCAGGCGUCCGUGUUCAUCUGGGACUUCGAGACCGGAGAGACGCGUUCGACGUUGCCGACGAAGAAGCCGACGGAAGAGGUCAUGUUCUCUUCUGACGGAAAAACAGUUUGUACCCUUGCGACCAGCGACGGAAAGGUCAACUGCUGGGACGCUGAGCGCUGUACGGUGACUUUGUCGCUCGAGGGACCGGGAUCUGACUACUGUUUAUGUCCUCGCUUGUCGCCCGAUGGGAGGUACAUAGCAACGGGCUCGAAUGGGUCUUGUGGGGUAGUCACGCUAUGGAGAACGAGCGACGGAUCGUGUGCAGCGGUUUUGCGGGGAGCGUCGGAAGAGCGGUCGUAUACGAGGAGUGCUUUGGAUCAUCUCGUGUUUUCCGGCAGUGGACAUUCGCUGGCCUAUGGUGGUGAGUUGGGACGCAUAUUCAUCCAUGCCAUCGAUGAUAUCCUAGCAAUGUAA